GUCAUUAUUACUAUCUUAUGUAAACUGUAAGGAAUUUGAUACUCCCUGUUUAGCCUGACGGUGCAACUAAGCUACAGCAACAGCAGACAUCUCUGUCUCUCUCUCAAUUUUGCUACAACUGUAUCCUUCAUUUCUUCUAUAAUGCCAGGAGCUCUUACUACCUGCUAGACAAUAACCUGCUUAUUUUAUAACCUGUUCCUGCAACUUUAAGAUAAUGUCUUCUCUAUUACAACUAGUCCUUAUCUUUUUCUCAUUGGCUGUUCUACCUAGCAGCAGUCAGCAGUUACAUGUACCAGUACAAUCUACUGAACUAGUCUCCAUUAAUACCUUCAUAUACAAUAUAAGCAGUAAGUUCUACCUCCUAACAAAGAGAACUGAUCUACACUAUAAACUGAUACCAUCUACUCAGUGUUCUGUAUUCAAUGUAACAUCAAGUACUGGGCUACUCUUUACUCAAGAAUCAAUCAAUAUCACUGAUGCUGAUUCCAGCACUGAUCCCUUAACGUGCAUCAGUACUGAUACAGACCAGUAUCCAGUUCUAUCAUCAUACAACUGCUUCAUUGUUGGUUCUACUGAUAGUUACUCUUAUGGGCUGGUAGUUAAUGUCCAUGUACUACCUACUGUCCACCAUUCUCUCCCUCUUAGCGUUGGAGGAGAGGCAGUGGGAGGACUGGAGAAUGCUCCUCUUGAAUUGGACGGGUUUCCUCUAUUGGUUGAUUAUAAAACAGAAUCCAAUGAACUGGCCAAUGGAUACUUAUUGCUGAAUGCUAAUGACAGUUUUAGUAUUAAUAUAACCACUGCCAGCUGCUAUAGUGUACUCCAGCUGGUAACGACCAGACCUCUCUCUAUAGGAACCAGUUAUAACCUUACGCUGUAUCACAUGCCCACUCAAUCAGGGACUCAAAUACUCGUUAAUGUUGUGGGUGGGAAUCGCUACUCUCCAGUUUUCAUGGACGUCCCUUCAUCUGUUACUAUCAGUGAGCUAUCACCAGUUGGAUCACUGGUAACUAUGGUAACAGCAUUUGAUAAUGAUACUAAUGGAUACAUUACUUAUACCUUGUAUCCUCUUUCUUCUAGCUUUAUCAUACACCACACCACAGGACUGGUUUAUCUAUCACAACCACUGGAUUAUGAGUCCAGCACUUUUACUAACAUUACAGUAAUAGCCAGUGAUGGUGGCUACCCAAGGAGGUCCACUGAGAUUAGUAUAAGUAUAUUCAUUACUGAUGCCAAUGAAGUGAGGCCAGCUAUUGAUAUACAACAACCUCUCACUGGUCAUCAUGAGAUAAUCAAUGAUACCAUUCCUGUACCUGAAUCAACUACUACUGGAAGCAUUUUGGCUAGAUUUGUUUUGACUGAUGAAGAUUCCUCGCAUAUUUCUAUUAAUAUGGACUGCAGGACAUGCCAUAACUGUUUCACCCUCUCACUAGUGAACGUGACCAGUAAUACUAGUAAUACUGGUAAUACUGGUUUGACUGCCGUUUAUAAUUUAUUAUUAACUAGUAGGCUGGACUAUGAAGGAUACACUGAUACUCAUGUUAUUCUAAUUAAUGCCACUGAUAAUGGAGCCCCGCCCCUCACUAUCCUACGUACUAUUAAUAUUCAAUUAACGGAUACUAACGACCCUCCUCUUUUCCCCUCCCCCUUUUAUGAGGGGCGUGUCUCCAGUGGGUCUCCUAUCGGUACCAAUGUCCUAUUUGUAACUGCUACGGACCAGGACGCUGGUGACAAUGGUACACUGGUAUAUGCUAUGGUUAAUGGUAGUGGGUCGUUUACUAUUCAUCCAUCCACUGGUUUGGUAAGUGUCCAUUCUUCGUCCCUUGUACCUGGACUGGUCUUCAUCAAUGUCUCAGUACGUGAUACUGGUCCAAGUCCUUUAUAUGACUAUACUUCAUUGACUGUACUCGUUACUGAGUCUGAUACCCAUCCUCCUGUGUUUUCAAACCCAUACCCCAGUACCAGUGUAUCAGAGUAUUGGAAUCAGUCUUUACCUUUGUAUCACUUCAAUGCCUCAGAUCCUAACACAGGCUGCAGUGGGUCAGUACAUUAUUCAUUGUUAUAUUCAGAGCCACCAUUAUUCUAUAUAGACCAGGUCUCUGGUUUACUCUAUUUGAAUGAUUCUCUUGAUUAUGAGCUCUCCUCUACUGCCAGGGUCUCCGUCUCUGCCCGUAGCCUUGGCAACAGUCCUGAUCUGGUUUCCACGGCAACACUGACUAUCACUAUUCAAGAUGAAGAUGAUAGCUCCUCCUCCUUCACUCCAUCCUGUCCCUGCUCACCAGUGUUCCUCACUCCGCUGUACGCUGGUGUCGUUAGAGAGGACGCUGGUACGGGGGUAGAGGUACUUAGGGCACGUGCUGUUGACUAUGAUCAAGGUGAUGUCAUUAGUUAUUCAACAUCAGGAUCAGCCGAUGUCAUUGAUAUUGAUUCUUCUACUGGUCAGAUCACGCUAGCAUCAACUCUUGAUCGUGAUAUUGAUUAUAUAUCGUUUAACGUGAUUGCUACUGAUCAAACCAGCAGUUCUUCAUCAGUACCAGUUCAUCUUAAAGUACUUCAUGUCACCAAUAGCAACAGACCUUCUUUUGUAUCUCCUUCCAAUGGAACUAUCAUUAAUGUGACUGAAUCUACUAACACGAAUCAAGUAUUGAUCACAAUAUCAGCCACUGAUCAUGAUAUUGGUGUCAACGCUGAGCUACGUUACUGGAUCCGUUUCGGUAAUGAACACGGUCUAUUUUAUCUCGACUCAGUUACUGGGAAGGUGUGGCUGACACGUCCUCUUGAUUACGAGACUGACCCUCAUUCUUAUACUCUGGUAUUUGACGUCACUGAUCUUAGUUCAUCUCCUCUUGACACUGGGGGUCAGUUGCUAACGGUAACACUCAAUCUAUUGGAUAUUAACGACCACUUCCCAGUGUUCACCCAGCCCAGAUAUGAUUGCUACAUAGUAGAAGAUAGCUCUGAUGUAAGGAAUGACAAUGGAAGCAGUGGCUGUAGGAUUGAAGCAAUAGACAGUGACAGUAUUAAUAAUGAUACAACUUAUAGUAUCAAUGGUAGCAGCAGUUCUUAUUUUAAUAUUGGACCUACCACUGGUCUUAUAAUGGCCAAGGACUCCAUUGUUAUUGAUUAUGAGAGAAAUCAUCUUUUUGUGCUGAUAGUAACAGCUGCUGAUGGAGGAACACCUCCUCAUUACUCCACCUGUCCAGUAUAUGUACGAGUUAUCAAUGUUAAUGAUAAUCCACUUCAGUUCAUACCAUCAUUGUUUAGUGUCUACCUUCCUCUACAACUACCCGCUAAUGCUACUCUAUUUAAUGCCCAUGCCUUUGAUCGUGAUGAGACGAACAUUACCUACAGUCUCUUAGGAGAUGGUACCAGUUAUACAGUGAGUACUGACGGUCUGGUAUCCAUUGACAGACUAGGACCAGUAGACCCUAUCAAUGAAACUGUAAAGAUCAUAUCACUGGGGCCUGACUCCAAUGGGCGUACUAAUGACUAUAACCUCUACUACCUCCCCGGGAUCAAUUUCAACUCACUCCCUCCUCAGUUUAUUGCUAGUAAUCCUCCAUUAGUAUCGAUACCUCGUCGAGCAACCAAUGGAACACACCUUGUUACCAUGGUAACUUGGGACCCAGACCGUGGUCUUGACGGUGUACCUCGGUAUUACAUCAUCGGUGGGACCGGAGUUGGGUAUUUUGCAAUACACAAGACCAACGGGUCCAUAGUAACUAGGAGAGAACUCUCAGCUCUGACCACACCUACUCUAUCACUGGUUGUCAUGGCAACAGACUCAGGACCACACCCACAAUUCUCGCUCUUUAACCUGACGGUAGCAAUCACUGAUGAUCAUAAAGUAUUCAUUGACUCUCCAGUUUAUAAUUACACUAUCUCAGAUAAAUAUUCAUUUACUGGCCACACCUUCGGAUACGUACAUGUACCUGUACAUGAUGGGCGUGUCAUCAAUUACGUCAUACCUCCCGCCCAAGAGAUCCUACCGUUUGCAAUCAACCGGUCGACCGGUGGCCUCAGUGUCAAUGGCACUCUGGAUAGACAAUGGUACAGUUUCAGGACAGUGGCCAGUGAUUCUACUGAGAGUACAGUGUCCGUUAUUAAUGUGAGGGUUCUGGUCACUGUUAAUAAUUUCAGACCCGAGUUCCCUCCUCAUUUCAGUACCAUACUAUUACCAGCUUCCUUUCCUCUCAAUACUUCUUUCAUUAGACUUUUUGUAACCGACGGUGACAACAAUAAUAAUGCUGACUCAUCAUAUUCAAUACUAGCUCCUCCCAAUUCACCGAUUAGGAUUGUCCCUACAAGUGGAGAGCUAUUUCUAUCGACCACACCCUCUUUUAAUAGCACCGUCAUAACAAUAAGAGCUAAUAAUGUUGAUCUGUUCAGUGAUUUCAAUAUCAACAUCACUCUAUUUCAUGCUGAUGCUAACACUGAUUUUGAUCUGAUUUCAAACAACAAUGAUUCCAUUCUGGUACCAGAAUCAGUAGGCAUUGGUUCAGUUAUUUACACUCUUCCAGGCAGUUCUGAUGGUCGGCCGUUAUUCUAUUAUCUAACACAUUAUGAUGAUGAUGAUGAUAAAUUCACAGUUCAUUCUGGUGUUGUAUAUGUUACUGGUUCAAUGGAUUAUGAAGUACAGCAGCACUAUACACUGGUCUUCACCAUUAAUGAUGGUAGUAACAAUAAUAAUAAUAAUAAUAAAUAUUUUACUCUCAAUCUCUCAUUAACUGAUGUUAAUGAUAAUCCAUCAUACUUCAGUGAAGAUAAUUUCGUUUUUUCUCUUCCUGAAGAUGCUCUGCUUAAUUACGUUAUUGGAUCAAUCAAUAUCACUGAUUCUGAUUCCGUUACUGCUAGCAAUGUGAUUUACUCUAUCAUCGAUUGGCUUCACCCCCUGUCCCCCUCGUUAUUCAAUAUUACCAGCUCGGGGGUCCUGGUAUUGACCGGACCCCUUGACAGGGAAACCAUUUCCUCUCAUACCCUAACAGUCUCAGUACAAGAUGGCCAGUUUGAGCAGUUGACACGAGUAACCAUCAACGUUGAAGACACUGAUGAUAACCCUCCUUCAUUCACUGGCUUACCAGUAACACUGGUUGUACCAGAGGACAGGUCGCUAGGUGACAUCGUUACCAUAGUAACAGCGUUUGACCUUGACGACCCUCUCAACAGCAGUUCCAUAGUUUAUUCAUUGUCUGGUUCUCAUCAAAUCCUUAACCUACCUUUCCAGCUUGAGUCCAGUACUGGUGUCAUUAGUAUCAAUGGAUCUUUGAACUAUGAAUCCGUCACUAGUUAUAAUUUAUACAUUACAGCUGCUAGUUCUACUAAUCCUCCAUCAUACUCCACUCACUCAUUGUCUAUACUAGUCUCCAAUAUCAUAGACACAUUCCCUGUUCUAUACAGUAUGGAAGUAUCAGUUUAUGAGAACCAGUCCAGCAGUAAUUACGUUACUAAUAUAGGGGCAUCCCCACCUCCCCCUCACCCAGUCACAUACAGUAUAGUCAAUGGCAAUGACCUCGGUCAUUUCUACAUUGAGGGAUACACUGGUACCAUUAGGACAUUGGUACCACUGGAUAGGGAAACUGUUGAUUAUUAUAAUCUAACUGUCCGUGGAUCUUAUUCUCAUCAGUAUUACACUGAUAUAUCAGUAUUGAUCAGUGUUCUUGAUAUUAACGAUAACAAUCCUUCAGUCUCAGUGUCUAAUCUUACGUUUCUUGUAUCAGAGGAUGCUAAUGUAUCAAAUCAAAUCAUCUUUGAUCUUAACCCGAUUGAUCUUGAUCAAGGUAACAAUGGUAGCAUACGAUCAAUACUGAUCCUUGAUUCUGAAUCUGACACGAUAUUUGAUAUUGAUACUAGCGGACACUGUACAUUAAAACGCCAGCUGGACAGAGAAGAGAAGGAGACCCAUCAAUUCAACGUAUUAUUAAUAGAUGAUGGCCACACCCAUCCACUCUACAGUACCUAUUUAAUAACUAUACUAGUGACUGAUGUUAAUGAUAACGAUCCUAUAUUCAGUAACUACCAGUCUACACUAGUGGUCAGUGGACCAAUCUUGAGUAAUGAAGUGCUGUAUAGCUUCACUGCUACUGAUACUGAUGGAGGAGCUAAUGGUACCACACAGGGGUAUUUUAUUAGUGGGGGUUCCGGUGAAGGUGUGUUUAAUAUUGACCCCCUCACGGGUGACUUGAGGGGUCUGGAACUAUUUGAAAUGGAGUCUAAUUACAGUCUAAUGAUAGGGGCUGUUGAUGGAGGGGGUAGGAGGUCCAUUAUUAAUAUUUCAUUGAUAAUAUCAUAUUGUAGGUUCAAUAGACUGUCUUUCACUCCACCAUCUUAUAGUCUAUCAGUAGCUGAGGACACACCCCCUUCCUCUCUCCUCCUUUCUCCGUCAAUAACUGAUUUCAAUAGUCCAGGAGUUUUUAGAUAUUCUUUAUCAGUUCAUGACGAUCAGUUUAUGAUCAACACCACCACUGGCUCCCUCUCUCUCCUCUCUUCUCUUGACAGAGAGCUCACUCCAGUCCAUUACCUGGUGUUAAUAGUACAAGACAUCUCAGCAAAUAUGCUACGAGUUGCCAAGACGACAGUCACCGUGACGAUAUCAGAUGUUAACGAUAACGCCCCCACAUUCAUUGGUCUUCCUUAUGCUGUGUACCUCAGUGAUACUCAAGAGAUUGGGUCUCAUGUCUUUACUGUACUAGCCAGUGAUGCUGAUACUGAUAAUAACAGUGAUAUCAGUUAUUAUAUCAUCAGUGAUCCUAUCUCAGCACUGGGUAUUAACUCAUCUACUGGUGUUCUUUAUUACAACCAAACCAUCGACCCAGCCAUUACUGAUAUUCACAUCACUGUUGUCAUAGGUGCUGCUGAUAAUGGACACCCUCAACUGAGCUCCAACACAACAUUAAGACUAACUCUUAUUAAUUCAAAUGCUCCUAACUUCUCAGCUCCACUCUAUACAGCUACACUACCAGAGGACACUGCUGCUGGCACUACUGUAGUGAGACUGUUAGCUGAACCUAGGACUGAUGGGGCACUGUUGUUCUACAGUAUAACUGAUACCGGUGACAUUAGGUUCCCAUUCUCAAUCAAUCCUGAAUCAGGAGUGAUCACUGUUAACGACCGUGGGCUGGAUUACGAGACUACUCCAUCUUACUCCUUCACAGUGCAGGCUGAAGAGAUAAGAACUGGUCUGUAUAGUCAAGCCACAGUUCAAGUAUCCAUUACUGACAUCAAUGAUCAAGUACCUUCCUUUACCCAAUCAUCAUACAUCAUUAACAUACCAGAGACCAUCAGUAAAGGAUCUACUAUACUGACAGUAGAAGCAGCUGAUGGUGACACUCCUCCUAAUGCUCAGGUAACCUAUUCACUCUCUCCCUCUACCUCCUUCACCAUUGAUCCAUCAACUGGUGACAUUACUACUAACAGCACAUUAGACUAUGAGGUACGGACUAGUUACCAGCUGACACUAGUAGCUAGGGAUAGCGGAGACACUCCUCUGGAAGGAUCUGCUUCACUCAGGAUCAUUGUAACCAAUGUUAAUGAUAAUCCACCAGUGUUUGUACCACUGUCACCCAUCAGUGUAUCAGAAGGGGCAGACCCUGGUACAGUGGUGACCUUUAUAAGAGCAAUGGACGCCGAUAAUAAUGAGAUUAUAUACAGCAUUAUACCUGAACAAGAUGGAGGAGACAAUAACUUCCAAUUAUUAACUAACGGUCUACUUAGACUCAACCCUCAAAAUGUUAGUUUAACUGAUAUUCAGUACACAUUGAAUGUCAGUGCUAGUGAUGGGGUCCAUGUUAUAUUUACAUCAGUUACUAUUGAUAUUGAUGAUAUUAAUGAUCACUCGCCAACUUUCAACCAAUCAGAAUACAGUGCUAGUGUGGUUGAGAAUUCACCCAGUGGAGUGGGACUGAUUCGUGUUAAUGCGACUGAUUCCGAUCGUGAUAUUAACGCAGAAAUCACCUACUCAAUGAUUGGCUCAUUAUUCACAAUUGAUCAAAAGACUGGAUUGAUAUCAACAUCUUCUAGUAAUAUUGACCGAGAAUCCACGCCCACUCACUCAUUAAUAAUAAUCGCUAGAGAUGGGGGCGGACUGACUGAUACAGCAACAGUUGUUAUAAGUGUUGUUGAUGUUAAUGACAACAGUCCUUCAUUCACUCAGUCACUGUAUGGGGCACUAUUAGCCGAAGGAGACGAUUACAAUAAUCAUCAGGUACUGACAGUACUAGCCAGGGACCCUGAUGAAGAAAUUAAUGGAAGUAUCACUUAUAACAUUAUAACUAGUCAUUUUAACUUAUUUCAUAUUAACCCCAGCACAGGGGUUGUAUCAGUGACAGGGUCUUUGAAUUAUGAAACCGACUCGUCUUAUUCUUUUAACAUCACUGCUACCGAUGGAGGUGGGCGUGUCUCUGAGGUUGCCAUAGUAACGAUAAACAUCACCAAUGUAGCUGACACUAAUCCAUACUACUCACAGCCUGUGUAUUACCUACUGGUACCUGAGGACACACCCACUGGCCCCUUCUACCAACCUAAUGUAACGUUUGCCGAGGGAUGCACUCCUUCAGGUUAUUCCAUAUUUGGUAAAGGUAAUGGACCAUUCUCUUACAAUAGUAAUGGAUACAUUACACUGAAUGGACUGCUGGAUAGAGAGGACACAGACUCUUAUACCUUCUUUGUUACAGUUCAGUGUGUUCAAGUUAACUUAUUAACCAACCCACCUACAUUCCAGACCAGGUAUGGCGGGUCAACUAUCAACAUUACCAUUACUGACGUCAAUGAAUGGCCAGUCAUUACCAGUGCACUAUACAUAUCCAGUAUCAUAUCCGAAGGAUCCUCCAUCAACUCUACAGUUACUAUAGUACAGGCUGUUGAUACUGACCUGGGUCUCAAUGGGACUGUACAGUACAGACUAGGAUCAAGUGAUACUCCUUUUAGCGUUGAUACAGUAUCUGGGGCCUUGCUAGUCUCAGGGACACUGGACAGGGAACAACAGCAACUGUAUACUUUGAACGUCAUUGCUUAUGAUUUAGGGACCCCCUCUCUUUCGUCUAGUGCUACAGUCAUCAUAGCUAUACAGGAUAUCAACGAUAACCCACCUUCAUUCAUAUGUACUAAUGAUACCAAUGGAGUAUUGAUAGACUCUCAGUGUCACUAUAGUAUCAGUAUACCAGAGGAUGUUGAGUUAAAUCAACUGAUACUAACACUAGGCACUAAUGACUCUGAUAUUACUGGUAGUACUUCAUUCUUACUGAACAGCACUGUGUUCAAUAUCACCUCUACUAGUGAGGGUAAUGGAGUCAUAAGGACAGGAGCUGGUCUUGAUCGUGAGACCAAUGAUCAUUAUGAACUGAGAGUCAUAGCUAAUGAUGGAGUCUUCACUGUGGAGGCUUUUCUUAGUGUCAUCAUAACUGAUAUCAAUGAUAAUAGACCAUUCUUCAGUACUGGAGAGUAUGUAGUGGACAUUAUUGAGAAUUAUUCCACUCUAACUGUCUUUAUAAGACUCAAUGCUACUGAUGAAGACUUUGGCAAUAACUCCAUCAUAACGUACACUUUACUGACCAACCCAUCCUCUGCUAAUGUAUCCCUUAACUCUUCCACUGGUGAAGUAUCAUUCCUAAUAUCACCAGAUCAUGAAACAGCUAGCAGAUUAGAAUAUUACAUAAGAGCUAGUGAUAUAGGGGGCCUUGAAGACCUGGCUACCCUAACUAUUAAUAUAAUUGACGUCAAUGACAAUACUCCUCUAUUCACUGGCUCUAAUUACACUGCCAGUAUCUAUGAGAAUACUACUGCUAACGUUGAAGUACUGCUGGUGUCAGCCACUGAUUCUGAUUCAGGAUCUAAUGCGUUAAUACGUUACGAUAUUGAUUUGGAAUCAUCUCAAUACUUUACCAUUGACACUGUUACUGGUCUGAUAAGAGCUAGAGCUCAUUUUAUAGACAGAGAAAGAAACGAACUCUUCAAUAUACUAGUAACAGCAAGGGACAGUGGAGAAGAACUCAGUCUACAUUCAAGUACCAACGUAACCGUAUUCAUCACUGACAUUAAUGAUAAUCCUCCUCUAUUUGCUGAUUCAUCAUUCACAGUGUUUGUGUAUGAGAAUGCAUCAGUUGAUACUGUCAUUCACUCCUUCACUGUCACUGAUGAUGAUGAGGGGGUUAAUGCCCAAUUGAGUUAUGAUAUCGCUGGAACUGGUAAAGAGUCAUUCCUGUUACAGGCCACACCCACUGGACUAUUGCUUAAAGUGAAUGGAGAGUUAAACAGUGAAAGUGUUGAACUGUAUAGUCUAGUACUGACUGCUACUGAUGGAGGUAUCCCGGCUUUAAAAACCUCAGUACUCAUUAAUAUUCACGUCUUAGAUCAGAACGAACACUUACCAACUUUCAAUAGACCACUAUAUACCUUCACCAAACCCGAGGAUGAACCAUCAGGAAGUGUCGUUGGUACUAUCACUGCCUCUGAUCUUGAUCCUGCUGAUUCUAACCUAACGUACAGAUUCAAAGGAUCAGUGAGUGAUUUCAGUGUUAACGAGAGAACAGGUAAGAUCAGGAUUGGAGGACGAGGGCUGGACUUUGAGAGAGUAAGGAACUACACUUUGAUAUUGUUAGCGAUUGAGCCGAGACCAUUAUCACCACAAACUGCUCAAACUGUCAUUGAAAUUACAGUAACAGACGUCAAUGAUAAUCCACCUGCCUUUCUCUGCUCUCAUGACCACACCCACAACUGCAUGAACCACUCGUACAGUGUAAGGGAGAAUAUUGAUAAUGUGAUACUGGGAAGAAUGAGAGUGAUUGAUGCUGAUACUGUCACUGAUCCAAACCAAAUCAGAUUCAGUAUAGCAUCAGGAGGAGUCGAUAUCAACAAUAGAACACUCUUCAGUAUUGACAGUAUCACGGGGAACCUGUCCCUCCUAUCACCACUAGACAGGGAGGAAAGGGAUUCUUAUGUUGUCAUGGUUACAGCUAGUGACGGGGGGACCCCUAAUCUGAUUGGCUCUACUCAGGUAUUGAUAAGAGUCACUGAUGUUAAUGAUAAUGGUCCUAGAGGAGGUGUCCAGUAUAUUAUUAUUAAUCUAUUGGAAGGGGAUUUGGGAUCACUCUUAAAUGAGGCAGUCUUCACAAACGACAGUGAUAUUGUUAAUAAUUAUACUCUUACUGUUACUGGAGGAGUCAGUGAUGAGAUUACUAUUAAUGACGGGUUGAUCACUAGUACCAGUGUCAAACUAACACCAGGACAAUACAGCCUACCUGUUGGUAUCACUGAUGUGCUGUAUAAUGGGACAAUAGUCCAUACAAGAACUCUCAUUAGUAUCAUUAUUAAUGACAUCAGUUCUCAUGUACAGGAUAACUCAUUCACACUACUGCUGUCUGAGAUAACACCGUUAACGUUCUUAUCUGAUUUCUUGAUUGAUUUUAACACAACUUUAACGUCACUGCUAACACAAGAGCUGAAUCAGCUGAUACAAGUAUCAUACAUUGAUAUUAAACCAGCAGUGGGGCCCGUUAUACCAGCUGGUACAUUAUUAACGAUAUCAGUUUGUUACAAUGACAGCAGCUGCAUAGAACCUGAUCUGGUCCAACACUUUAUACACAGUAAUAAGGAGAGAAUUAAUAAUAUUAACAUUGUUAGUGUGGACGUUAACGAUUGCUCUAAAGAACCCUGUGCUAAUAACGGCCUGUGUUCAGGGACUGUGGAAUUCUCUUUAUCAAAAUCUUUCGUUACUUCUCCUCAUUUGUCAUAUCUAGGCCUUGUUACUAAGGGGCGGAGUACUUGUACAUGUUUUUCUGGUUUUACAGGUGAUAGCUGCUCAGAACCUUGCAGUGAUUGUAAUGAAGCAAGUCUUUGUGACAGAGUGGCAUGUCCUACUGAUUAUAGAUGUGUUAUUAAUGAUAGAGGCAAACCAGAGUGUGUUGAUGAUUGUAACCUGUCCCCUUGUUUAAACGGAGGACGCUGCAUACCACAGGAUCCUGGCCACCAUUGUUCAUGUCCGUUAGGGCACGAUGGUCCAAACUGUGAACAAACAACAGCAACUUUCAAUGGACAAUCUCAUGUUUUAUUUCCGUCACUACCCCUUGUGAAAAGUGGGUCCAUCAGUUUUGAAAUUAUUACUAAUGAAUCAGAAGGAGUGUUACUGUAUGGCGGCCAUUUUGAUGUCGGAUUCAAUGAUAGUUUAUUGAUAUACGUUACUAAUAAUAGUUUAAUGACUAGUGUCUCGUUUGGUGGCUAUGAAUAUCAAUUGAUUGUUAAUGAGUUUCCUAUUAAUGUGAAGGAAUGGAUUACGGUAACAUUUGAAUACGAUAUUAAUUUUAUGCAGUUGAAAGUUGCAAGAUUUGACAACAAGUAUCAGCAAAAGAAGACAAGAAUAUCAAACCUGACACACAACAAUCAUUUUCUUGAUUUGACCACACCCAUCACACUAGGGAGGCUCCUCCCACAAUAUGUCUCGUUAGCCCCGCCCACAUUACCCUCAAUACGUAAUUUCCAAGGUUGCAUAAAGAACGUUGAUAUAAAUGGACAUGUACUUGAUUUCUCGGCCCCCCUACUGGCAGAGGGUCUGGAACAGGAUUGUCAAUUUACAGAUAUUAAUUGUAACCGGACCCCUUGUAACAACAGUGGAACCUGUAUCGGAGAGUGGGAGGGGUUUACAUGUACAUGUACGGAUGAAUAUACUGGAGUAUACUGUGAUGAAAAAUAUUCAACUGGUUCUUUCACUGGUGAUGUCAUUAUUAAUUAUGAAUUAUUAUUAGCCACACCCACAAGUACAGAUAAUUCUUCACCCACUAAAGGAGUGUCUCGUUUAUACAGCAGAGGAUCAACUGAUAUUUAUUUAUUAAUAAGUACAACACAGACUCACUCAUCAGUGAUACUC